UUCCAUUCAUUCUUCUGCUAGCACUCGAUUGUAGUACACGCGUUUUGAUCGCUCUCUCGCCCUGCCUGCAGACCGUGUCUAGUUGUGUUUUUCCUGACUGUUGGGAGAAAUUCUUUCUAGAGAAAGAGGUGAAAACAAGUGCGGUUGGGAGUUUCGCAAGCGCCGGAGAUAACCUUGAAGGAUAAUUUGUUGAAUCUCAAUCGAGGAAGCAAGUGAAAACUGGAACAAGCGUUUGUCGCUGUAAUUGUGGAAAAGUGUGAAGCAAACCGAGGAGUUAGUAUUUUUAUCAGGAAGAUUAACUUCCAAGUGUUUCUGAGUGCAUAAAAAUACCGGAGUGCAUCCGGAAGAAAAUUCGUCAAAAUUUGUGUCAAACGAGCAAGAAAGAUGAAGGCCAUCACAGCGGUGUGUGCUACUGGAGCUUCGGUGCCGGCAAUUGCCAACGGCCGAGUUCAGCGGCACCGUGAUGGGGAGAAUGCAGAAAUCCAAAUGUACCUGUCCAAGUUGAAGGAUUUGGUACCGUUUAUGCCGAAGAAUCGCAAGUUGUCUAAACUGGAAGUCAUCCAGAACGUCAUCGACUACAUUUGUGAUCUGCAAAGUGCUUUGGAGUCGCAUCCGGCUGUGAACAGUUUUGAUCCAGUUCAGGCUCUGGCUAGUCAUCAGAAUGUUGUGGAAGCAAUGGAGUCCACACCGAUGGGUCAUCGGCAGCCGCUAGGUGUUCGACCAAAUCCUAACCUGAUCUUGGCCAAUGGUGCCAUGAAUGUCCCUACCAGUCCUGCCGUUAGCGGUUCCAUCAGUUCCAGCAGCAGCAGUAGUAGCAGUAGCAGCGAGUCAACCAAUGUGACGAAAGACAAAUCGACGUGAAUUGUCAACGAAGCAAUUGGUGAAGAAUGGUUGAACGCCCACCGGGACUCGAACCGACGAUGCCCGUCAUGCCUGUCCCGUUCGUUGGCCGCUACUCUACUUGUUUAGGAGAUAGGAUGAUCUCAGCUUCGGACUGAACAAAAUAAGAUACUGACUGUCACAAACAUCUACUAUACGCAUAAACAAAACAACAACAACGGUCCAUGAUUGACUGAAGCGCAUUCAAUCGUAACAACAAGACCGAGUGGCACCCACGUCCAGAACUGCACCUGAACGGACGUAUUAGUUUGUGCACGAGCACGCGUCAUCUUAUUAAUUAAUUAUAAUGUUCUGUGAUCUAUAGAAUAUGUUUUUCUUUAUCGGGAAAAGUUUACUUAAUAGAACGGUCAUAAAAACUGAUUUCAUUCUUAAACUGAUAAGGACGAUAAGAACAAAUACAGCGGAAAACGCAGCUUCCUUUUGACCUGUCAAAUGGAUUGAAAAUAGUCAUCUGUCGAAAAUCGACAUGCAUAACGGUCAUAGGAUUUGCCCUCUUGUACAAAGUGUAGAUUUUAGUUCCAUUAACCCCACAAUACGUUUCAAAAUUCACAUAUGGCGAGAGAAAUGUUGUUCUCCGCCAAACCAUACUUUUUUCAUUAUCCCGUGUAAAAAUAUUGUUGUUCCAUGUGCAACAAAAUUGAUGACUUAUGACGUUUGUUUUUUAGUUUUUAGUCAAGAAGAAAGCAUAAUCUUUAUUUAUGUACAUAUAGCAAACUAGAACAAAUUAUAUUUGUUCCUUCUGAAGAAGUAAUUUAUAAAAUAGUGAGACUCUGUCAAAUAAUAAACAAUUGAAAAAAUGUCAUAAUUGAAAA